GCAGCAGAAGACUCUCGGAAUCGAAUCGAGGAUUUUCCGAUUUUGUUGACAAUUCUUACUGUGCCCGUGCCGGCCUUGUGGCCAGAAUUUAAUAUAGACUAAUCAAUAGUUAUUCAAAUAAGAUACAAGAGAAAAAUGUUUUGCUUUCGAUCUCAUGCUUUAGGUAGCCUAUCACUAGUUAAGAAUGGUUUUUCAAUUAACAAAGUCUAUCAAAAUCCAAAAGUUUUCUUGAGAAUGUCGAGUGCUUCUACAUCCAGUUCUUCACCCCAAAAAUGGGAACUUCUUGGUGCAAUUUGUCUGGAAAGAACACCAAUCAUUGUGCCUCCCAUGACCGAAAUUGAACAACAAAUUAGUGAAAUGAUUGAGAAGUUUGAUAAUAUGAGAAGCCUCAAAUCAAAUCAUGAACUAAGACAUGAAGAAGACAAGAAGCUACAAAAAAUGGCUGCAGAUGGAACUCAAGAUGAAAGUAACCCAGAUGCAGCAACAAGGCAAACAGCUCAAGACUUUGAAGAUGCUUGCAAUGAAGAAUUUCAAAAAUUUAAGCCUGCCCCAAGGACUACAGCUGAAGAUUUGAGUGGAGACCAGAAGUCCACCAAUCGAAAGCUGGAUAAGCAUUUGCUUUUUGUUGUGCAAGAAAAAGACAAGAAAGUUUGGAAGCUUCCGGAAAGUAGGUGGAGGGAAGGGGAGACCUUACGUGAGACCGCAGAACGUGCACUUAGAGAAUACGUGAAAACUCCUGAUACGUCAGUGCGAGUAUUGGGCAAUGCUCCGUGGGGAGUACAUACUAUCAAAUAUCCGUCGUCAGUUCGCCAAAAGCUUGGUUUUACCGGUUCAAAAGUUUUCUUCUUCAAAGCCCAAUUGCUUUCUUCUUGCACUACUUGUUCAGACAUAGAGUAUAAUUGGUUGGGCAGAGAAGAGCUUACAAACAGUCUCGAGCCCGAAUACUUACGUAGCGUAAGAAAAUUUCUCAUCGAUGAAGAUUAAUUCAUUAAACAUAGUAUUUGUUUAGAUGCAUCUUUAAAUACACAAAUUUUUUUCCUCUUA